AUGGCGGUCGAGAAUGAAGAAAUUGACACAAGCAUAGCAGCUGCUGGCGUCAAAUUAACUGGACCUGAAAACUAUACAAUGUGGAGUAAUGCAAUGCGUGUUAGUUUACUAGGAAAAAGGCACACUAGGGAGACAUGUUAUAAACUAAAUAGAUAUCCUCCAGAUGUUAAGACCAAGAAGAAAGCUGGAUCAGAAAAUGCAGGUCAUUUUACUCAGGAAGUAACAGGUGCUACGACGAACAAUCAAACUUUCACAGCUAAUUUUGCAAGUACCUCACAAGUUCAACAAGGUGCAAUGCCUGGACAGGGGACUCAUAAUAUAAUUCAGCUAUUGGGAAAAGGAAGUGAGGGGAACAACUCAACUACAACUACAUCAUUACCAGCAGGUUGUGUAGUGACUCCAGAAGUGUUGGCUAAGUGGAUAGUGGAUUCAGGUGCCUCGAGUCAUAUGGUGCACAGUCUUAGCUUAUUAGUUAAUCCUAAGAGGCUGAAUAAUGGUAAGAAUGGUACAGUUCAACUUCCUACAGGAAAUGCUGCUUCCAUAAGUCACAUAGGAUCAACUUAUAUUGUUCAGGGCCAAACAAUUAGCAAUGUACUUCAUAUACCUGACUUCAAGUACAAUCUUUUAUCUGUCUCAAAGCUAACAAAGGAGAUGAGAUGGGCAGUGGUGUUCUUUCCUGAAUUCUGCAUUUUUUAUGAACUCUCCAGUGAACAGGUGAAGGGGAUUGGUAGAGAAGAAGAUGGUCUUUAUAUUUUCUAUUCUGCAGGGGUCAAUACAACUGACAUUCAAGCUAAUGUUUAUUCAGCUUCUGUGAAAGUUUUUCGAUCAGAUAAUGGCAGUGAAUUUCUCAACUCUCAAGUAACUGAGUUGCUGCAUACUAAAUGCAUAGUUCACCAAAGUUCUUGCAUAUAUACUCCACAACGGAAUGGAGUAGCUGAGAGGAGGCACAAGUAUAUUUCGGAAGUGGCUAGAUCACUGAGGUUUCAAGCUUUUGUACCUCUCAGAUUCUGGGGUGACUGUAUCACCACUGCUGUGUAUAUUAUAAAUAGGCUACCUUCAACAACCCUUCAAGGCAAGUCUCCUUUUGAAGCUUUAGUUGGUCAUGUUCCUCCUUUGGACCAUAUGAGAGUGUUUGGAUGUCUAGGCUAUAUAGCUGAUGUGAGAAGAUUAGACAAGUUUUCUCCUAGAGCUGUUCUAGUUGAAUUUCUAGGCUAUUCUAUGACACAAAAAGACUACAAAAUGUAUAAUCUUCACUCUAAAGGCUUUACUGUCAGUAGAGAUGUGGUUUUCAAAGAAGAUAUCUUCCUUUUCAAAUAUGCCUCUAGUACUAUCUCCUCUAUAUUCCCUGUGCUAGAUCUCAAUAAUCCUAUUCUUUUCUCUGAGAACAAGUUACCUCCAAAUCAUGUUGCACCUAAUGUUGCAUCACCAGAUGAUGCACCUCCUCACAAUCACUCAAAAAGUGACUCAUCUGCACUCCAUGAGGAUGUUGUAGAGCCGUCUGUUGAUUCUCUUGCUGAUUCAGUAGUCAUCUCUGUUGAGCAAAUAUCUUCUAUAUUGUCUACUGCUGAACCUCUUGCCAGUAGAAGAUCUAGCAAGGACAGUCGACCACCAGUUUGGUUGAAGGACUUUGUUACUCACAAUAAAGACAAGGCUCAUUAUUGCUACCCUAUUUUAGCAUGUGUUAUUUAUGAUCAUGUUUCUUCUUCCUUUGGCAAUGCCGUGAUAAUAUACUCUGCCAUCAUAGAACCUCAAACCUUUGCUGAAGUAGUCAAGGAUCCCAAGUAG